AUGGGAGAAGAAUCCAGUUUUUCAGUUGUUGCACCACCCGUCUUCGAUGGAGACAAUUAUCAAAUGUGGGCAGUUCAUAUGAAGACUUAUCUGGAGGCUUUGGAUCUUUGGGAAGCAAUAGAAGAGGAUUACGAGAUCUUCAUGCAAAUAAUGUCCCUCGAAACAGCAAAGGAAAUUUGGGAUUACCUCAAGGUUGAAUAUGAAGGAGAUGAGAGGAUUCGUGAAAUGAAAGUCCUGAAUUUGAUUAGGGAUUUCGAGUUGCAGAAGAUGAAGAAGUCUGAGUCGGUAAAUGAGUACUCUGACAGACUUCUCAGCAUUGCCAACAAGGUGAGAUUGCUUGGUUCUGUGUUAAAUGAUUCCAAGAUUGUUGAAAAGUUGCUGGUCACCGUUCCAGAGAAGUUUGAAGCCACCAUUACUACUCUGGAGAAUACCAAAGACCUGUCAAUGAUUUCUCUUAAAGAGCUCUUGAAUGUUUUACAAGCACAAGAGCAAAGGAGGUCUAUGAGGCAAGAAGAGGUGAUUGAAGGUGCCUUACCUGUUAAGCAUCAAGACAACAGCAAGUAUAACAAGAAAAAUUUCAAAAACCAAUCGACGAAUGGAGAUUCAUCUGUCAAUUAUCAGAAGACGAAAGGAGGAGGUUUCAUAAAAUUUUAUCCACCUUGCCACCAUUGUGAGAAGAAAGGUCUUCCACUGUACAAGUGUAUGAGAAGACCCGACGCCAAAUGCUCCAAAUGCAAUCAACUUGGACAUAAAGCUGUGAUCUACAAAGUCAAAGGUCGGGUGAAAGAAGUAGAUGCAUAG